AUGGAUAGUAUAGAAGCAGGUCAAUAUUGGGAGAAAAACUCUGAAAAAUGGACAGAGUACACAAGAAAAGGAUACGAUGUAUGCAGAGAUGAGAUUAAUACACCUGCUUUCUUGUCGAUUCUUCCUGAUGUCUCUGGAUUGAAUGGAAUAGAUGUAGGUUGUGGCGAGGGUCACAACACCCGAGUUAUCGCCCGGCUAGGUGCCAAAAUGAGAGGUGUCGACAUCGCUCCAAAUUUCGUAAAACAUGCAUCGUCACACGAACAAGAGUCACCACUCGGUAUCGAGUACUCUGUUGCCAAUGCAGAACACCUCGACCAAUCUUUCGAGCCUGAGGCAUUCGACUUUGCCACCUCGUUCAUGUGUUUGAUGGAUCUGCCCGAUCAGGCAGCGGCAUUCCGUGGAAUCUUCAAAAUCCUAAAGCCAGGUGGAUUCCUUCAAUUCUCUAUUUUACACCCGUGCUUCAAUACACCGUACCGGGUGAUUCACAAGUCGGAGGAACGUGUUGCCUACGAGGUAGGCGACUACUUUACACGUGAGAACGGCGAGAUUGAGAGAUGGACAUUCGGCCAAGCUCAGCGAGCCAAAGAUUUUGAUCCCAACUCUCAGAUGUUUGAGGUUCCAAAGUUUCACCGUCCUCUCACAGAGUGGUUCGAGAUGGCACAGGCAGCUGGAUUCACCAUCGACAAAUUCCACGAACCAAAAGUAUCAGCUGAGAGUCUAGCUAAAUAUCCAUCGCUCCGAUUCAACCAAUCGAUCUCUCUAUUCCUAAUAAUAAGAGUUGGCAAACCUAAAUCAUCAUAG